AUGGAAUUAGCAAUAGUCCUCUGGGUAGCAUGUUUUCCUAUUUUCUUGGCAAUCUUGUCGACAAUGAUGGCCCGACGACGACCGACGGUCUCCCAAACAACGAAGCGAUCACCUUCUCCACCGCCCAUGGCCCCAGGGGCUCCCCUUGUUGGGAUCCUCCCGGCGCUUCUCGCCAAGGGCCCGCUGCAAGUGAUUCGCAACGCCCACACGGAGAUGGGGAGCGUGUUCACGGUGAGGCUGUUGCAUCGCAAGGUGACCUUCCUGGUUGGGCCAGACGUGUCGAGCCAUUUCUACCAAGGGCUGGACAUGGAGAUUAGCCAGGACGAGGUCUCCCGGUUCACCAUUCCGACUUUCGGCCCCGGCGUCGCCUUCGACGUGGACUUCGCUACUCGUCGCGAGCAGUUCCGCUUCUUUGGUGACGCCAUGAAGCCGGCCAAGCUCAGGACUUACGCCGGACUUAUGGUGCGCGAAGUCGAGGAGUACUUUGCUAGAUGGGGACAGUCCGGCACGGUUGACUUGAAGCAGGAGCUAGAGCACCUCGUCACGCUCGUAGCCAGCCGGUGCUUGUUCGGGGAGGAGGUCCGGGCCAAGAUGUUCGGCGAAGUCGCAACGCACCUCCGUGAACUCAACGACGGCAUGCGCCUCGUCACCAUCAUGUUCCCGCACCUGCCCAUCCCGGCGCACCGCAGGCGCGACAGGGCGCGUGCUAGGCUCGGCGAGAUAUUCUCCGACAUCGUCAGCUCCCGCAAAGCAAGCUACCCUGACGGCGGCCCUGACGACAUGCUGCAAUGCCUGAUCGAUUCCAGGUACAAAGACGGCCGCGCCACGACCGAGACGGAGGUCGUCGGGAUGCUUGUCUCGGCGCUGUUCGCGGGGCAGCACACAAGCUCCAGCACGAGCACGUGGACCGGAGCGCGCCUCCUCGUGCGCGCCAACUCCGAGCACCUGCGCGCCGCCGUCCGGGAGCAGGAGCGGAUCGUGGCACGGCACGGCGACCGCAUGGACUACGAGGUCCUGCAGGAGAUGGACACCCUCCACCGCUGCGUCAAGGAGGUUCUGCGGCUCCACCCGCCGGCGAUGAUGCUGCUGCGUCACGCGCGCCGGAGCUUCACCGUGCGGACCAGGGAGGGUGACGAGUACGAGAUCCCGGAGGGGCGCACCGUCGCGAGCCCGCUGGUGCUCCACAACUGUCUCCCGCACGUGUACAGGGACCCGGAGAGGUACGAGCCGAACAGGUUCGGUCCGGGCAGAGGGGAGGACGGGGCCGGCGGAGCAUUCUCAUACACGGCGUUCGGUGGCGGGCGGCACGCCUGCGUCGGCGAGGCGUUCGCGUACAUGCAGAUCAAGGUGAUAUGGAGCCAUCUGCUGAGGAACUUCGAGAUGGAGAUGGUGUCGCCGUUCCCCGAGACGGACUGGAACGUGGUCAUGCCGGGGCCCAAGGGGAAGGCCAUGGUCCGCUACAGCAGAAAGAGGAUGUCAGCGGCCGCCUAAAUCACGAGCUGAUAGAUGCGCUACGUGUAUCUACUUCAUGUUGCAUGUUUACUUUCUCCUCGCACCAAUAAAUUGCCGUUCUAAAGUAAGUUAACUGUUGCGCUUGAAUUAGGAGUACUGUAUUUGUUCGACAAGCCAAUGAUGGAGCGCCUUUCGUGAGAGUGGCAUGUAUAUACAGUGGUGACCGUGUGUGUGUACUAUAGCUGAGCACUUUAAGACUUGUCAAGUUUUUUUUUGCGGGGAUGACUUGUCAAGUUAUCAUACCGCCUCUUGGCAAAAUACUAGGUCGAUCCGUUUUUAUUUACUUCGCAUACUAGCUUUGACUGAAGUCAAAUUUUGUAAAGUUUGAUCAAGUUUGAAGAAAACAGUGUGAAAAAUUUACAGCAAAAAUUUAUAUGACGUGAAAAUAUGUGGUGUAUAUAUUACUAAUAUAAUUUUCCUACAAAGUUUAAGUCCAAAAAAUUCCAGGAAUCUCAACACCAAACUGUCUGGACGCCGAUGGUUCAUUAUUCUCAGGUGGUACAAGUAUCUAGUCUGGUUGUAUUGAUUGGGUCAGCCCGCAAUUGUGCUAAUGUGAAAUGCUCGUAAGAAACAUGCAAAAUGAGGCAGAUUAUAGAUGGCGUUCCCUCGCCUAUAAAAAAUAAAAGAAGUUAAAAGGUCGUUUCCGAUGUGUGUCCGUUUGAAGAAACUGUGCAAGUUUUCAGGUGCGAAGAUGUGUCAUCAUGACAUUUUUGUAAUUAAUGAUGUGAAUCGGCCGACCGGCAGGCUCUCACGCCAGUAGAACGCACAUGCUCAACGCGUCUCGUAGGGCCCACACCACUCCCUUUUCCGUGGACCGUGUGUGUGUGCACUUUGUUGUUGUUCUUUUAGGAAGACUAUAUCUAAACGCUUUGAAGACUUGACAAUAUAUUAUACCGUAUCUUAGCAGAAUAUAAGACGUAAAUUUGAUUAUAAUUCAA